AUGGAUUUAGUAAUUUGCAGGAAUAAUGGGUUAAUCUGGAGUACUUCUUCUGAAAAGCAAGAUAAUUUCUUUGAAAAUAUAGAGCAAAUAGCCUUUCAAAAUAUGAAAGAUGCAGCUAAUGAAGAAACUGACAUUGCAAAAGAACAAGGAUCUAUUGGUUUUGAUGGUGUUCCAGAAAUUACAGUUAUUUUUGACGGAACCUGGAGUAAACAUUCUUAUAAAAGAAAUUAUAGUGCAUUGUCAGGAGCUGCCAUUAUUAUCGGCAAAAAUACAGGAAAAGUUUUACAUCUGUGGGUUCGUAAUAAAUAA